AUGUUUGUUUUGUGUUUGCUGUGCCAUGUAUUUGGUGAAACAGAAAUGUCAUCUUACUUGGACGCGAAGCAGUUCCAUGCUGUGAUCUUGAGGGACACUACGGCAAACGUGACUGAUGCCAGGCGAAACCGCGCUCUGAAAGAGCGGCUGGAAACUAUUUACAAGCUCAUCGUUCAAAUGGAAAAGGAAGAAAAGGAGCACACGAAGAUGCUCAACAAUAGUCAAUGGAGUCGUGAGCUGGUUGUUCACCAGCCGAUCUUUGAGGCGAGUUGGGAGAUAGUGAGAAGAUUGGAUGCUACAAGCGAAUCCGCUAGACCAGAUACCCAAUAA